GGGGAGCUUGACUUGCCCCUCCAUACUGAGUGGGCUUAUCGUCCACUUCUGAGUCUCUUAUCAGAAGCGGGGCACAUAUUUUCGAACUGAACGGUUGCGAUCAUCGCGCAUCUUUCCGGACGCAGUGGUCUUUCGACCUGAACUCCCGAAGUCGUUCCAAAUAGAAUCUCAUCAAGAUGCCUCGCGAUCCUUUAAUUGGCCUAGUUGGCAAGCCCAGCGCGGGCAAGUCGAGCACGCUCAACUCGCUCACAGAUGCCACUUCCAAAGUCGGAAACUUCCCGUUCACCACCAUCGACCCGCAACGCGCGAUCGGCUACCUCCAGAUCGACUGCGCGUGCGCGCGGCACGGCGUGUCGGAGCGGUGCCGGCCCAACUACGGGGCGUGCGUGGGCGGGCGGCGCAGCGUGCCGAUCGAGCUGCUCGACGUGGCGGGCCUGGUGCCCGGGGCGCACCAGGGCAAGGGGCUGGGCAACAAGUUCCUGGACGACCUGCGGCACGCCGACGCGCUGAUCCACGUCGUCGACGUGUCCGGCACCACCGACGCCGAGGGCAAGAACACGCGCGGCUACGACCCGAGUGUUGACAUCGCCUGGCUGCGCAGCGAGAUCGUCGCGUGGAUCAGGGGGAACUUGAUGGAGAAGUGGGGGUCCAUCAAGAGGCGCCAUAUCGCUGUCAAGGCGACGGCCGUGGAGACGCUGCAGAACCAGUUCAGCGGGUAUGGGAGUACGUCGUCGGUGGUGGCGCGCACGCUGGAUAAGCUGGGGCUGAAGGAGGCGUUGGAGGAAUGGAGCGACGAGACCAUCGACCGUGUAGUCAACGCGUUUACCGACGAAAAGUUCCCGACAGUCAUCGCGCUCAACAAGAUCGACCACCCCGACGCGGACAAGAAUAUCGCCAAGAUCGCAAAGAUGCAAGACCCCAACACGAUUGUGCUCUGCUCGGCUGUGUCAGAAAUCUUCCUCCGAAAGCUGGCUAAGCAAGGGUAUAUUAAAUACACAGAGGGCAGCGAGUUCGUCGACACGAGGGAAGACUUAAUAGCAGACGGCGACCCCGACGGCGGAGGGCUGAAAGAGCUGGAUGAAAAGAACCGUAACAGGAUAGAGAACCUCAAAGAUAUGGUGCUCUACAGGUUUGGGUCCACAGGGGUGGUCCAAGUAUUGUCCAAGGCGGCCGAGAUACUGGGGUUGGUACCGGUGUAUCCGGUCAGGAAUACCGCGACAUUCGGGUCCGGGUCUGGCGAGUCAAAGCAGGCGUUUAGGGAUUGCGUCCUAGUAAAGAAGAAUUCGACGGUGGCAGAUGUGGCGAGGAAGAUCAUGGGGGAUGCGCCUAUCGCGUACAUCGAGGGGGUUGGUGGAACACGGGUUGCCGACGACCAAAUAGUGUCGGUAGGCAAAAACGAUAUAUUGUCCUUUAGGGUAGGGAAAUAAGGCGCCGGCAACGGCAUAGAGCCCCGCAGCUUGUGUAUUCAUUAUACGCCGGUUGGAAAUGAGAACCAGCCAUAAGUAACGUCUGCUAAGAAUCAGUAUUUAGAACGUUGUCUUUAAGUCUUACUUACGAUUGGUAGGUUGCAAAGGAGGGCUU